UCUUCCCUGCUGAAGCCAAAGGUUAUGAUCGCCAUUGUGGCUCGUAACGCAGCGCACAGCCUGCCACAUUAUCUGGGCUGCAUCGAGAGGCUGGAGUACCCGAAGGAGCGCAUAGCGAUCUGGGCAGCAACAGACCAUAAUAUGGACAACACCACGGCCAUGUUGAGAGAAUGGCUGAAGCAAGCCCAGCAUGUCUAUCACUACGUGGAGUGGAGACCCAUGGAGGAGCCGAAGUCCUACACAGACGAGUGGGGUCCAAAGCACUGGCCGCCUUCAAGGUUCAACCAUGUGAUGAAGCUGCGGCAGGCGGCGCUGAAGGCUGCCAGGGAACGAUGGGCCGACUACAUACUAUUCGUAGACAGCGACAACCUGCUGACCAACCCUCAUGUGCUGAACCUGCUGAUGGCUGAGAACUUGACCCUGGUGGCUCCCAUGUUAGAGUCUCGCUCGCUCUACUCCAACUUCUGGUGUGGCAUCACCCCACAGGGUUACUACAAGCGGACCCCAGACUACCAGCCGAUCAGGGAGUGGAAGCGUCUCGGCUGCUUCCCUGUCCCCAUGGUGCACAGCACCUUCUUAUUAGACCUGCGCAGGGAACUGAGCAGGGACCUGGCUUUCUACCCUCCGCACCCGGACUACAGCUGGGCAUUUGAUGACAUCAUGGUGUUUGCUUUCUCGGCACGUCAAGCAGGAGUGCAGAUGUAUGUGUGUAACAGAGAACACUACGGCCUGCUGCCUGUCCCUCUCAAAGCUCAGCAGAGUGUUGAAGAUGAAAGCGAGAGUUUCAUACACACCAUCACGGAGGCUUUGAUUGACCACGACAUUGAGCCCUCUGUGCACCUGUAUUAUCCAGCAUCAACCCAGGACACCAUUGGCUUUGAGAAAGUCUUCUUGAUCAACCUGAAGCGUCGGUUGGACAGAAGAACCAGGAUGUUGAAAACAAUGUCGUCACUGGGUCUACAUGCCACGCUGCUGGAGGCCGUGGACGGCAAGGCUCUCAAUUCGUCCCAGCUGCAGGCGCUGGGAAUAGAGAUGAUGCCGGACUACAAAGACCCUUACUCCGGCCGGGUCCUGACCCGAGGGGAGAUCGGUUGCUUCCUCAGCCAUCACUCUAUUUGGAAACAGGUGUUGGAGCGUGGCCUCCAGAAGGUUCUUGUUUUGGAGGAUGACGUAAGGUUUGAGCCCAGGUUUAAGAGACGACUCCAGGCUAUAAUGGAUGACAUAGACAAAACCCAGCUGGACUGGGACCUCAUCUACGUGGGGCGUAAACGCAUGCAGGUGCAGCAGCCGGAGCAGUCGGUGGACGGAGUCAACAACCUGGUGAAGGCCGACUACUCCUAUUGGACGCUGGGCUACGCGCUGUCACAGCAGGGAGCCAGGAAGUUACUGGCUGCCGAACCCUUCACAAAGAUGCUGCCUGUCGACGAGUUCCUGCCGGUCAUGUUCGACAAACACCCCAACACUAAGUUCAUGUCUUACUUUGAGAAUCGGGACCUGAAGGCGUUCUCCGUGGAGCCGCUGCUCAUCUAUCCCACCCACUACACCGGAGAGCCGGGCUACAUCAGCGACACGGAGACCUCCACCAUCUGGGAUGACGAGGCCGUGGCCACGGACUGGGACCGCCAGCACGCCCGCAAGACGGCCCAGCAGGGCAGAAUCCGCCCCGUGGCGCAGAACAGCGUCACCGGAGACUCGCCGCCUCCCGCAGCCCGAGCCUCGCGGGAUGAACUCUGAUACAGAGACCUGACACUCAGAGAGAAAGACUCGUGUUUACUAUGCCAUGUACACACAGUGAAUGUCAUGUGUACACACACUUGAAAAGACACUUGAACUACAAGCGGACAUACUGUACAUUCAUACACACACACACACACUGGUGUCCAAGUGGAUAAAAGCAGAGUUUAGAUGUCAAUCUUCUGCCUGAUGCACGGACACUGAGGAGAGGAAGAAGAGAAGAGUCUGGGACGAAGGCCAGCAGGCCUUUAACAAAAGCUUUAUUUAUUCCCCAUGUGCCUCCUCUGGGCAUGUGGAGACAGUUACGGCCAGAGAAACUUAAGCAACACAUGGAAGACAGCUAACAUCAUUUUCAGGACAUGAAAGAAAAAAAAAACAUUCUCACUUAUAAAUUUAAAUGUUGUUUAAGGAGAUUAUUGUUAUUUAAAAAGAAAGAUGUGUUGAAAUGGACAGCCGGAGAAUAAAGGAAUCUUAAUGCUGUCUGAAAACAACUCUUAA